CGGCAAACCGAGUGGCGCGGUGGGCUUCCCACGAUGAGAGGAAAGUGUACACCACGGACGCAUUUGUCUGUAUUUUGUCGGGCGAAACGGUAGGGCAAGUUUGAAGUAAAGAGAUGAAAGUAUUAGUUAGCUCUAUGCUAAUGUUAAAGGGUGAAUCCAAACAAGCUACGGAGCAUUCUUGGGCGCCGGUGAUGCAUGAUGAGCCAAAAAAGAAGAAGAAGAGCAGCAGCAUCUUCCAGCCAUGCCGUCAAUGAAGUCAAGCCCCCUGUCAAGAAGCACAACAUCUGCAUGGUGUCUGACUUCUUCUAUCCCAACAUGGGAGGAGUGGAGAGUCACAUUUACCUCCUUGCCCAGUGUCUUAUUGAGAGGGGACACAAGGUGGUCGUUGUCACGCACGCCUACGGCUGCAGGAAGGGCAUCAGGGAGCGCAUCACUGUGGUGCACGCUCACAGCUCGUUUUCCGCUAUGGGCCACGAUGCUUUGUUCCAUGCAAAGACCAUGGGUCUUAACACGGUUUUCACUGACCAUUCGCUUUUCGGCUUUGCUGACAUCAGCUCCGUGCUAACCAACAAGCUUCUAACGGUGUCGCUGUGCGAUACCAACCACAUCGUAUGUGUGUCCUACACCAGCAAGGAGAACACUGUGCUGCGUGCGGCGCUCGACCCGAAGAUCGUGUCCGUCAUUCCCAACGCAGUCAACCACACCGACUUCAUCCCCGACUCUUCUCGCCGCCAUGACAACAGGAUCACCAUCGUCGUGAUCAGCCGUCUAGUCUAUCGCAAAGGCAUUGAUCUUCUUGGUGGUAUCAUCCCAGAGCUCUGUCUCAAACAUCCAGAUCUCAAUUUCCUCAUUGGUGGGGAAGGACCAAAGAGAAUCGUGCUGGAGGAAGUGAGAGAGAAAUACCAGCUUCAUGACCGGGUGCGCCUGUUGGGGGCUCUGGAGCACAAAGACGUCAGAGAAGUUAUGGUCCAGGGCCACAUCUUUCUCAACACAUCGCUAACUGAAGCUUUCUGCAUGGCCAUUGUGGAGGGAGCUAGUUGUGGACUGCAGGUGGUCAGCACUCGUGUAGGAGGCAUCCCAGAGGUGCUACCCGAGGACUUGAUCACACUAUGUGAGCCAACUGUGCGCUCGCUGUGUGCCGGUUUGGAGAAGGUCAUUGCACGGCAGCGUUCCGGGUCAGUUGCCUGUGCCGCCUCCAUCCACGCACGGGUGCAGAACCUCUACACCUGGAAAAACGUGGCAGAGAGGACUGAAAAGGUUUAUGAUAGAGUGUGCGAAGAGGAGGUGCUUCCCCUGGACAGACGCCUUCAUAGGCUGAGAUCCCACUGCGGACCUGUGGCUGGCUCCCUCUUUGCCUUUGUGGCGGUUCUAGACUUCUUGUUCCUGUUGCUCCUCCAAUGGCUGGUGCCCGAUCGGGUCAUGGAUUUAUCUGUGGACGCCACCGGUCCUCUGGGACUGUGGAAGCAAGAACCAAGCAAGAAGAACUCCUGGUCGGACCGAAGUCCCCUGCAUGAAGCGGCCUAUCAUGGCAGACUUCUCCAAUUGAGAACCCUUGUAGCCCAGGGCCUCCAUGUCAACACACUCACUAUGGAUGCGGUCUCCCCUCUCCAUGAGGCCUGCCUGGGUGGUCAUUACGCUUGUGCAAAGUACUUGCUGGAUCACGGUGCAAAUGUGCACCAGGUGUCAUCUGGCGGCGCCACCCCUCUCUUCAACUCAUGCAGCAGCGGUAGUGCCGCCUGUGUCCGGCUCAUUCUGCAGCGUGGCGCCUCAGUCCACCCCGCGCACCAACUCGCGUCCCCCGUCCACGAGGCGGCAAAGAAAGAUCAUUCAGAGUGUUUGGACCUGCUGCUGGUGUACGGAGCGCACAUUGACAUGGAGCUUCCCACGAUGGGGACGCCUCUGUAUUCCGCCUGUAUGGCCUCCGCCGCAACCUGUGUGCAUGUGCUACUACACUCCGGAGCAGACGUUCGACUUGGGUGUGGACAAGACAGUCCGUUGCACGCCGCAGUCAGAGGGGGCGGAGCCACAGUCGUGGACAAUCUCUUGGACUUUGGUGCUGAUCGCUGCUGCAUGAACACUGAAGGCAAGACCCCGCUAGAUGUGGCUGCACCAGACAGCAGAGUGAGAGCUACACUUCAAAGCAGAGGUCCUUGCUCGCUCUCUCAGAUGUGUCGCUGCUCUAUUCGGAGAAGUUUGGGGAGGAGUCGCCUCCACAGAGCUUCCAGCAUCAUCCUCCCACAUACUAUCCAGGGCUACCUCCUCUACCAAUGACAUACCUUGGCCAUGUAUAAUGGUUAAGCUUGUAUACUGGAUGCUUUUAAAACCUCUUUUUAAUUUAUUUUAUGUACCUUGGUGUAUGUUCUACUGCUCAAAUCAACUGUACACAGUAAAUGCUAAUUCUCAUGUAUCUUCACAAUGUGCUAACUGUGGCAGCCCUUUAAGGCACCAUGGACAGCUCCAGUUGGCAUUUGUCGCCUCCUAGUGGUGAAAAAAAUAUAUUUUCGAGAAAAAUAAAAAACAAAACACUGAAGAACCUUUAAAGUGGACCACGUGAUGCUGGUCAACCUCCAAUUUGUUCAGAUUUCAAAGCAAUUUUCCCAUAGGAAAUAAUAUAAAGGGAACUGGAUUGGAGGGGGAAAUUAUGUGUUUGCAGUGCAGAUUUUACAUACAAUAAUAAAGUAACACGUAACAUCCAUCCAUUCAUUUUCUACCGCUUGUCCCUUACGGGGUCGCGGGGGAUGCUGGAGCCUAUCCCAGCUACACACGGGCGGAAGGCG